CGGACAAAUCAUCGCGAUAACAUCGGUCGAUGGAGGCGCUUAAGACCGCGCUUUUAUCGAGCAAUUGACCCUCUGCUGCGCUGCCGACCGACGACCGAGCGACCGACGUCCGUGGGCGGAAGCGUGAACCCUAACACAACCGGAUGGAGCUUUUCUGUCCAGGCCAUCGGAGUUUUCAAACGCACAUGUGAGCGAGGAGCAGGUUUUGGGCCUGGAGUGGGUAAACGACGAUCGAGUAUCAUUAGCAGUCCCGUCGGGAGCUCUCAUCCAGAUCCGGCAAGAUCAGCAGCCCUACAGCGGGGUUGUCGCUGACACGCCCGAGGCUUUUAUUUGAGAGCAUCGAUCUGCUUUCACCCAGUGAUGGAUUUGUUGGACAGGGUAGCUUGAUCGAUCAGCUCGACUUGCGCACCUUUUCUAUUAGGUUGAGGUGCAUCGGAAAAAUUGUGCGGGACGUGUCAACUAGGCUGAAGAUUGUCCGGCGCUUUGUGACUGCUCCGACAUCGUGACUGAAGUGUUUGGAAAUGGCUUCCGCAAACUUGGAAGAUGUUUCCAAUGAGGCGUUGAUGAACGAAAUGAUGAGGCGAAUGAGAUGCGCCACGAAACCGGAGAAGCGUGUUAUACUUAUUGGACCGCCUGGAUGUGGAAAGGGCACACAAUCGCCCGUAAUAAAAGAACAGCAUUGUCUUUGCCAUCUCGCAACGGGAGACAUGCUCAGGGCUGCUGUGGCUGCCCAAACUCCCUUGGGAGUAAUGGCUAAGCAGGCCAUGGAUAAAGGAGAGCUUGUGACGGAUGAUCUGGUGGUCGGCAUUAUAGACGAAGCCCUCCACCGUCCGGCUUGCUCGAAGGGAUUUAUCCUGGAUGGAUUUCCACGCACUGUAGGGCAAGCCCAGAAGUUGGAUGAGAUGCUGGCGAAGAGGGGAGAGAAGCUGGAUAAGGUACUCAAUUUCAAAAUUGCAGACUCCAUUUUGGAAGAGCGCAUCACCGGAAGGUGGAUCCAUCCCGCCAGCGGCAGAUCAUAUCACACUAAGUUUGCACCCCCGAAAAGGCCGGGCAUUGAUGACAUUACAGGCGAGAAAUUGAUUCAGCGAAAAGACGACAAUGCCACUGUCUUGAAAAGCAGGCUCGAAGCUUUCCACAAGCAAACCUCUCCAGUAAUCAACUACUACGAGCGUAAGGGAUUAGUGGCAACACUCCAUGCCGAGAAAGCUCCCGAGGUUGUGACCAAGGAAAUCGAGAAAGCACUCGGUGAGUAAACCUCCUUGAUUAAGCGGAUGAUUAAUCUUCCACCCUAGCUUCUCUUUUUACAUGAGGCGCCAAGGAUUUGUUGGAAAGUUACAGUUAGAACACAUUUGCCUUCCAAACGAUAUUGCUAGUUGCAAGCUCGAUUGUUAAUCGAUUCAUAAGACGAUUCUGUCUGCCCAUUGUACUGCGAUUGCACACUGUCAAUGAAAAGUAGCUGCAAUGGGAAAUCUGUCACAAUUUAACGU